AAAGAAAAAAAAAAAGAAAAAAGGUCCCAAUAGACUAUCGCAAACAUGGAAAAUAAGAUGAAAUAUUUCAAAAAGAGAACUGUCAAACAUAUAUCAUUAUGAAAAAAAUCAUAAGGAAUACAAGAUGAUGAAUCAUCAGGUGAUGAUGAUAAUGAUUUUAUUCUUCUCCUCAGCUAAUUAAAGAAACACCAAUUCUACAUUUUGAGGCAGCAUUCUGCUAAGUUGUUCCUUGGCAGUGUCAACACGUCUUCUGUAGAUCGCAUCUUUCUCCACAUCAUCGACAGGAAGACCUUUAUACGACGACACAUCUUGAGGUUCUAUAACUACUCUUUCUAGGGCAACUCCAUUUUCUACGAAAUACUUCAACAACUUCGAGUUCUGUUAUACUCCCAACGUAUCCCCAUAUCUCCACAACUUCAACAUGUUUAUCUUUUCAUAGAACACGUAGUAUCUAUCUUGUCAUGUUGGUCACCCUGUCGCUUAAGGACGAACUUCGCGUUUACCAAAGAAGUAAAUGCAAGCAAGCUGUCGUUCCUUGGUUUCGACACAAACAAAGUUAGAUGCUUCAACCUAGGUAAUUGAGGAAGUGUUACAUUUGAUGAAUCUAUACUCAUUCACAAAUGGAAGCGCGUAAUUUCUAAGGUAAGAACCUCCAGUUUCGACCAGCAGCUAGAAAAGCGAGGAAACAACACAAUCAACCAAGCUUGCCACGAAUCCGCCCCAUACAAACAUCCACAAGCAUAGGGACAUUCUUGAGCACCAGGCAGCGAGCUUCAGUGGUUGUAAGCGAAACAAUAUUCGCGUCGCAAAUAGUGAGGUUGUAACAAAGGCAACAAUGCAUUAUCUGAAGAUGUUUCAGUGCGAGAGACGGGUCACAAACUUCGAUUUUUUCGAGAUGAUUGGAGCUUUCCACUAGGAGAUCCUCAAGAAAAGGGCAAUUAUGCAGCAAAAACUUGGAGAACUUCCCAAGUCACGUUUACAGAACUAAACGCCAGAGUCCUAAGUGACUUGAACCCAAAAGAUGUUGCACCAGAGUUGAUAUCAAGAAGCAGGUUUCGAGGAAAUUCAUAAACAACGUAAGGAACGAUUCUUAAAUAUCCAGACAAAUCCAACUCAAGCAUUUGCAAUCUCCUCCAAACAGCGUAACGGAGCCAUUUCUCGAUACAACUGGGAAAAGAAUCGGAGAGUUUGAAGCGAAUUCUGAAGACAUCCAAAAGGGCAUCAAUUGCAUCCGGUUCAUCCGAACAAUUGCCGGGGUUUGAGGAAAAGGGCGAAAACCAGAAAAGCUAGAGCUUCUCUAGACUUGAGCUAAGGACGGUUCCCUUGUGACGCAUUGAUUAGCAACACAACUCUUUCUCCUCUCUUAUUAUUGCGGUCCUCAUGGAUGCUGUAUCCGGUUCAGUCGAUCAAUUGCCGGGUUCCGGCAGCAAAAAGGCGAGAAGCAGUCGUUUCGAUCAAGGUCGAUGGAGGUGUAAAAACCAGGAUGGCGAUGAUACUCCGAUUGACUGCCCUUGUCCUCCAAUUUGUUGUAUACGAAACGCCAUGGAUUCUCGCGGACGUCGAUUUGGCAAGGUUUGUAAUUGUUUACACCCUGAUUAUGCUCCUCACAUUAAAGGGCGGGAUACUCUUGAAUCCCGAAUCCAUCGUCGUACCUAUGGAUCAGCAGCCAUGCAGUUUGGAAGAAAGUGGACUUCCGGUUUUAGCUAUUGCCGUCCGAGACGGAACAAUUAGUGAUUUAGUCCUACAUUAUAGUGAUUGAGGCGGUAGUGUUGCAAAGAAAUGGAAAUUGGGCCAUGUAGCUUAAGUUAUAAGCUUUAGGAAAUAGUAUCAUAUAAAAUUUAGGCUAUGAAAGAGUGGACGGAUCUGAAAUUUACUCUGGGAUCUGACACAUCAUGGAGGAGAACCACUGAUCCACCUGCAAUAACUUAUGUGAGUGUCUCUGUUUCUCGCCCUUUUGGAAGUGGCGCAAUCUAUUUCCUAGUUUUGCCAAGCGACAAUUCCACGUAUUUGGUCUCCUUUGAUGUGGAUCGAAGAAAAAUGAGGUUCGAUGAGACUCAUGUUUAUGACUCGGAGGCCCUUGUGGUUGGAUCAGGGUGGUUAACCUGUCUCCCGUUCAAGCAGGCUUGUCGUGGUGUUUGUCUCCCUGCUGAAAUUUGGAUCUUUGGGGAUUGCCUGGAAAAUGGUCAAGUUUGGAUCAAGGAAAAGAUUCCUCUCCCGUCGGCCUUGCAGCAACUUGGCUGGAAUCAAUUCUACUCUGGAAUUCGACCUUAUUUUUUUUGUUUAUGGAUUUAAAGGACAAGGUCUUUGAUUUGCUUCGAUCAUCACUUUCUUCAUGACCACGUCGAAAACAUGUAUAUGGUCGUGCCUUUCUGUUCUUUCUUGAUUUUUUUUUUCUUUUUGUAAUUAUUACAAUAUUAAUGUGGACUUCAUUACACAAUUGUGUUAGGC